AUGUGGAGUACGCCUUCCUUUGAUAGUCAAAUUCAAAAAUGGACUCAACAAUAUGGUCCUAUUUAUGGAAUUUUCGAAGGAACGUGUCCAACAUAUGUCGUAUCAGAUGUUAAUUUCUUACAAGAAGUAUUUAUCAAACAAUUUUCAAUGUUUCAUUCACGUCAUAAUAACAUUUUGGUUCGGAUGCUUAAAAGUAAUGCAGCUAGUUUAUUUUCUUCACAUGCUAAUCAAUGGCGACGUCAACGACAUAUUAUUAAUCCAACAUUUACAACAGCUAAAUUGAAAAUGAUGACACCACUUAUGAAUAAAUGUAUUCGAUCAAUAAUGAAAAAAAUAGAUGAAAAUAAUGAUAAUGAAUUUAAUAUAUUUGUUUUAUAUAAACGAUUGACUAUGGAUGUUAUUUGGCAUUGUGCAUUUGGUAUUGAUACUGAUCUACAAAAUGAUAUUGAUAAUAUGUAUAUGAAAAAAUCACUAGCCUGUUUUGCUCAUGAUCCAGAAAAAAUGUUCAUUGUGAGAUUAUGUAAAUUAAUGCCAUUUCUUAUUCCAUUAUCAAUUAAAAUUAUGAAUAGUUCUGUUGUAAUCAUAAACUUUCUACGUAUAUUAAUGCCAUCAAUGAUGCGUAAUGUUGAAGGUCCUCCUCAAUUAUGGAUUUUUAAACAAAUUGAAAAUGUUGUCAAACAAAGACAAACAUCUCAAAAUAAAAGAAUAGAUUUACUUCAAUUAAUGUUAGAUGCAUCUACACAAGAAGAAAUUAAAGAUGAUGAAAAUAAUGAAUUAAUGUCAAAAAAUCUGCAUUAUAAAGAAAUAUUAAUGAAUGCAGUAUUAUUUUUAAAUGCUGGUUUUGAAACAACAUCACUUAAUCUUGCUUAUUCAACAUAUCAAUUAGCUAUACAUCCAAAUAUUCAAACUAAACUACAAACAGAAAUUGAUGAACAUUGGAAAGACGAAGAAGAAAUUGAUUAUGAUAUAAUUAAUGAUAUGAAAUAUUUGGAUAUGUUUAUACGAGAAGUUCUUCGAAUACAUGCUGUUACACAUAGAGUUUUUAGUCGAGAAUGUUCUCAAUCAACAAUUAUUUCUGGACAUUACAUUGAAAAAGGUAGUGUUAUUCAAGCGGAUACAUAUUCAAUUCAUCACAAUAUUGAUUUAUGGGGACCUGAAGAUCCAAAAGAAUUUGUUCCUGAACGUCAUAUGAUAAAACGACAUCCACUAGCUUAUAUGCCAUUUGGUGUUGGACCAAGAAAUUGUGUUGGAAUGAAAUUUGCAUUAAUGGAAUUAAAAAUUGCUUUAGCAAAUAUAUUACAUAGAUAUACAAUUUUACCUGGUGAGAAACUUGAACAAGGAAUGAAAAGACAAGAAACUACAACUUUAUCACCAGAAGCUAUUUACAUACGAAUUGAAAAACGAUCAAACUAA